AUGUUUUACUUCCCUAAUAUGUUAUGCGAAGUACGUUCAUAUGUCCAAGCUUGUCAGGUAUGCCAACGACGUCGUGGGGAACUGCAGAGACGAGCACGACUGCAGUGUCCUGGUGAUGUGACGUAUCCCCUAGAAAAGGUAUCUGCUGACCUUCUGCACCUGCCUGACUCAGACUCGGGUUAUCGCUAUGUCCUGAGCAUCAUUGAUCAUCACAGCCGAUAUCUGCAGUUAAUUCCUUUAGCCUCACGAGAUGUAAACACAGUAGCGAAUGCUUUCAUUGAAGAUUACGUGACGAUCUUCGGCCCACCGAGAUACCUGAUCACAGACAAUGGAGCAGAAUUUACCGGAACACUCUUUCAGCGAGUCUGUGCUAUGCUUUCUAUUCGUCUUGGAUUCACCAUUGCAUAUCAUCCCCAGUCGAAUGGGAUGGUACACCUCGCUAUUAAUAGUGCCAUCCACCGCAGCACAGGUGAGCAACCGUUAUACCUCCUAACUGGUCGCCAUGGCCACUUCCCGGUUGGUAUUACAAAUGACACUGUGUUUGACACCGAGGCAGAUAUCGCUGAACGACUGCGUGUAGCACGUCAGUGUGCCGUAGAGGCGACGCGACGAGCAAGAGAAAAUUGGACACGCACAUACAAUGCCAAGGUACGCCCAUCAAGUUCAAGCCGGAAGUGUGGACCCUUGUUUUACGACGGAGCCGAGGGAAUCGUGGACGUGGCCUGGCCGCGAAAUGGGAUGGCCCCUACCGUGUUACCCGCAAGAUUAACCUGUAACUUUUCUGCUGUGUGUUCCUGGAGCCGAUUCACCACUCUAUAA